AGUGUAUUCAGUAAACUUAUUUUCAACUCGUUCCAAAAAAUUAUAUAAAAUAAUAAAAUAAAGAUGAUUCCUCGCACGAAAGUUUUCGUUGGCUCACUUCCACCAGGCUCAAAACCAGAAGAUCUUCGUCGUUUGUUUGAGAAGUUUGGAACCGUCACCGAGUGUGAUAUCAUGAAUCGUUGCGGUUUUGUACACAUGCAAACACAAGAAAUGGCUGAUAAUGCGAUUAAAAGCUUAAAUGGGUCAUUAUUUAACGGAGCCAACAUUGUUGUUGAACGUGGACGAAUGAAGGAACGAAAAGCUAAUCAAGGAGGUCCAAAUGGUCCACCAGGUAGAAUGAACAAUGGACCACCAAACAGAAAUGGAGGCAAUCGUAAUGACAAUCAGAAUCGUUCAGGACCUGGUAUGGGUCGCGGUGGUCCUAAUCAAGGGCAGAUGGGCGGCUUCAGAGGUGGAAAUAAAAUGGGGAACAAUAACAUGGGAGGUGGCAUGAAUCAAGGAAUGGGCGGAAACAACAUGCAAGGUCCAGGUCCAAUGCGUCAAAAUCGACAAAAUGAUCGUCAAAACAAUCGCAAUACUCCUUACAAUAAGAAUCAACAAGGAAACCGCGGUGGUGGCGGAGGCGGUGGUGGAAACUUCCAAAGACGCAACAACGACAAUGGACAAAUGGGUAACAACAAUAUGGGAAUGAGUCGAUUUGACAACAACAUGCCAAUGGAUAAUAAUCGUCAAUCUGGAGGAAUGAACAAUUUCGAUCGUGGAAUGAAUUCGAAUAAUAUGAUGGAACGUCGUGGUGGCGGUGGAGGCGGCGGCAAUGGUUUUGAUAGUGACAACAAUUUUGGUGGAUUUGGUGAAGAUCGUCGUGGAUUUGCUCUUCCUUCAUUCCCAAAUGAUAUGGGACAAAAUAAUUUUGGUAAUAAUGACCGUCAAAAUAACUCGGGAAUGGGAAAUCGACGCAAUAAUGGUCCACAACAAUUCCGUAAUAAUAAUAAUAACAACAAUAUGGGAUCAGGCGGACAAGAUUUCCAAAGAAGACCGCAGAAUAAUAUGGGAGGUGGUGGCAAUUCAAAUAUGGGGAAUAAUUCUGGAAAUGAUAUGUUCAGCCGAAGAAGUCAACCAGCUGGUGGUGGUGGACAAAACAGAAAUCAGAACUUUGGAGGUAAUGACGGUAAUUUUGGCGCUCCUCAGAAUUUUAAUCAAGGAAUGAAUCGCAAUCAAGGCGCACGCGGUGGCUUCAUGAAUCAAAAUCGUCGAUUCUAAAAUGAUGACUUGCAAAAUAAAAAUUGAUUGUAAUCAAUGAAUGUUCUUCAACAUAAUCCAUGAACAUUUAAUUGCGUAAGCGGAAUUUGAUUUGCGACAAAUUUCUUCACAAAUAUUCUUUAGAAUGUAAGAUCUCUAGAUGUUGAGCGGUUUUAAAGUCACUUAAAGAUAAUUAAGGACUUUAAAUUGCGGAUAAAUCAUUUUGAAACUUUAAACUAGCAUUAAAUAUCCACGUAGAUCAUAAAUAAUUUCAUACAUAAAUUUCAAAUAUGUAACAUGACUUCUAACAUUUUAUAAAUCAUAAUUGUCAUUAAAACUCAUCCAAACCUUUUUUUGUUGCUUUGACCUGAUCAUUUAUCCGAAAAUCUCAAAUCAUUUUGAUGAUAAAUACAAAUAUGCACGUAGUCGUAUAUUUUUGCUAUAAUUAAUGACUUUUCACAUAUUAAUUAUUGCGUUACAUUGUCACGGAAUUCGUUUGCGUUUGAUAAAACUUAAAAAAUGUAUUCAGGAAAAGAACAAAAAUUAUCAACAAACUAAAUGAAAAUGUAAAGAAAAAAACCGAUGAAAAAUAUAAAAAAGAAAUAAAAACAUCAAACACGUGUCUUAAAUUCAUAUUAAACAAUCCAUAAGCUAAUAAACAUUUAGGUACAACAAAUCGACCACGGAGAAAAAUCAAAACGAAAGCAAAACGUUCCUUUUGCGGAAGAAAAAAUCAUCAAUGAACGAAACUUCAUAAACGUUGCGAAAAAUGAUGAAAAGGAUCAUCACAGUUGCGGUUACGACGAAGACUCGCAAACAGAUCUGCGAUUGAAAAUAGUGAAAAAUUAUUGUUGUGUUCGGAAUGAUGUGUGAAAACGUUAAAGCGACUUUAUGUCGAUAAAAGUGUUAAAACAUUUUUAUGAAUAAAUUCGAUAUUCGGAAUGAUAAUCGAAGCGGUAAGCGAGUUCAAGUCAUCCGAAAAUAUAAUAAAAGAAUCAAUCAAAAACAUACAAAAAUGGGAAAAAGUGUGAAAUAGUAGCGGAAAAAUAAGAAAAAUCCUCACAUUCGAUAACUGAUAAAGACGUAAACAAAGAAAAGCGAUUGAAAUCAAACAUUUUUGCGGUUGCGAAACAAUAAAAUAAUCUGAAGCGUAUAAGCGGUAAGUUGUUGCUUAAACUGAUGUCAAACAUCAUCACCUUGUAUCUUAAUAAAUUGAACUGAGCCACUUUCAUGCUUGAAACAUUUUUGCGUAUUUAUUAACUUCUCGUAGAUUCGAAAGGUUUAUCUAAGAUUUACCAUUGAACUUUAUUUCUUCAGUGGGAUAGAAAAAAAAUUCUUUAAUAAAAAAGAAACUCUCAAUUCUUAUAAUUUUGUUUGAAAUCUCUCUGCUUUAAGUUAGUCCCCUGGAAAAUCAUUGCUAAACAUGUUUUUUCUAACAUUAUUUUCAUAUCAUUACAGGAUCUUGUGAAAACCAAAUGAUGAAAUGUGGACAGGAAUAAUCUCAACAGCAACGAAAAGACUGAAAAAGCUUUAAAAGCUCAAACAAUUUGUGACAUUUUUUAGAUGUUUUCAAAGAAUUUUGAAUAAAUGAAAAUGUUAUCUGCUGGUCAGAUAAUUUUGUUAUGUUAACAAUAAAA